UAAACCGCUCGCCUUUCUCACUCCUCCAUCGAAAUUGGUCGGAAGAAGAAAUUUGACUGAACAACGUGAUUUCCUCUAAAAUCACGACCCUUUUCAAAAAGCCCUAGCUUUCCGUAAACACCCGCCUCAGAUUUUGUAUUACAGUCGAACAAAUUAUCUUCAAUCUGUAGUAACUUCUAUGUUCUUACAGAUUCAUCGUAACAACAAAAAGGAAAACCAAGGUAUUUUUAUAUUUUCUGGCGAAACACUCGUGACCCAGAUCCGAACGGAAUCAGAGAUCCCCGAUUUAAGUAUUCUGUGGAUGGCGAGUUGUUGAAGAGCUUCUCCCAGCUUCUUGAAUGGCGAAUCCCCGGAAAGGCAAGCUCCUUUUGAUCUAUUUUCUAUUCGUUUUUGGUGUUCCCCAUGUUUCUAGGGUUUUUGUAUGUAGUUCCAGCUCCUUUGAGCAGAAUCAACCUGAAAGCGAAAGCGAAAGCGAGGUCCCUUUUGAAAUUAGGCAGCGUGAUUUACUGAAAAAUCUCGAGGAGUUAGUGAGAAACCUUAGCGAUGUAGUUUCUAAGUUGGAGAUGAGAUUAUCUGAUAUUCCUACGGAGGUAAUUAGAGAUAAGAAACCGAAUACUGAUGCUUCGAGACGGGUAGUACCUGAGGUGGUUAGUUUAGGCGGUAGGAAAGAAGAUGGUCUGAAUGAUGGUGGAGAUGGCGGUUUGGAGAGUAAGAUUCGAGAUGGGGAUAGAACGAGAGCCGUUUCAGUGACCAAAUAUAGCCCAUUUUGGUCGGAGAGGUUCCACUUUUUGUCGGCUGUGAAACUGGACUCUGAUGCUACUUGUAUUAAUGUAUUGCCAUUUAGGGAUUUUGAGGGGCAUAGUAAGUAUGUUGUGGUGGGGGAUGAGAAAGGGAGAGUUUACGUCUUUACGAGAAAUGGGGAUGUUGCGGUUGAGCUUCGUACGAAGUCUGAAUCGCCGAUCAUGACGAUGCUUUCAUAUAUGUCUAUUUAUAAGAAUGAAACCCUUCUGGUUACCGGGCACAAGAAUGGGGCAAUCUUGAUGCAUCGGAUUUGGGAGAGAUCGAAUGGGGAGGAGUCACAUUCACUUUUUAUGGAACAUGUUGUGGAAUUUGUGGCGACUGAUGGUAGGGAAGACGAAUCGCCAAUUUCCAUCUUGGAAGUGCAUCAUGUUGGGAGAACCAGGUACAUUCUAUCUUCAGAUGUCAGGGGAAAAAUCAAGGUUUUUAGAGAGAAUGGGACAGUUUAUGGUUCUGUCAUGCCGGAGAGUAAGCCAAUAGCAUUCUUGAAGCAGAGGCUUUUGUUCUUGACAGAAAGUGGUGCUGGCUCGUUGGAUUUGAGAAGCAUGAAACUUAGGGAGUCUGAAUGUGAGGGGUUGAAUUAUUCUCUUGCUCGGAAUUAUGUGUUUGAUGCCACAGAACGAUCUAAAGCAUAUGGUUUUACAUCGACUGGUGACUUAAUUCAUGUUUUGUUGUUGGGAGAUAUAAUGAACUUCAAAUGCAGGGUUAGAUCUAAAAGGAAGUUUGAGCUUGAUGAACCACUUGUCUUUCAGGCAAUUAAGGGUUAUUUGCUUGUGAUCAGCAAUGAGAAGGUUCACAUUUUCAAUGUAUCAUCUCAGCAUUACGCUAGAGUCGGUGCACCUAGACCUCUGUUUUCUGCUGCUGUGGAUGAGAUCAGGUCAUCUUUCCUGAAUUACCAGAAUUUGGAUUUAGAGUCUGAAGGAAAGUUUGUACCCUUAAUAUCUAGUGACCGUGAAAAGCUUGUGGUUCUUGGACUCGGGGGUGGAUAUGUAGGCAUGUAUCGCUCCAAUCUUCCAAUUUUUAAAGGGGAGUUCAAUACAAUGCUGUGGACAAGCCCUGUUCUGUUUUUCAUACUCUUUCUCUUUGGAGCUUGGCAUUUCUUUGCCAAGAAGAAGGAGGCGCUCACUUCAUGGGGACCUGAUGAUCCAUUUACUGCGACUUCGCCUACUACUGGAGCUCCACUGGGAACUGGAACCAGUGAGCGAUCAUCUUUCAUAGACACUCCUUCAAGGAGUACUGAUAUGAUGGAUCUCAGAGGUGGCAGCGGCCUGAGAGGACCACCACGACGUUAUGGUUCUCCUACCGGGUAUCCCGGUGGGGCAACAAAUUCCUUUAGGCCACCUACGACAAGUGACCAUAACUCAAGACCAGCUGCAGUUGAUCCGAAUUAUAGAGCAGCGUCCGAGCUAAAAUUCAGGGGCUCCCCUUUAGAACCUCCAGGAUUUCCAAAACGAAGGGAGCCUCUAUUUGCAAACAAUCAGGUGGUGGAUGAAAGCAGUUAAAAGAAAAGUAGGUAUCAGCUAGAAAUCUUUGCUUCAAAGAGUUUCAAGUUCCUGAAUCCUGAUUACUUUUUCCUUUUUCCCGAUUGCUUGUUUGCUGGUCGGUAUGAAUGGUUUGAUCUCGCUAUAUAUCUGUAUCUCUGUUUUGUAGUUGCAUGCAAAGGAAUAGAAAGAAAAAAAAAAGUGAAAUAAUGCAAGUUUUGUUUUGACAUUUUUGUCUCCUUUGGAUCGAUUGUUUAACAUGGUAUUCACAUGGUAUCAAAGAAUGAACAUCGAGUAGAAA